GCCUGGCAAUAUGGGGCCAUUUCUCUUUUUAAACAAAAAAUGUUGCAGGCUAGCCAUGUUUUUGGCAGGACGGUUAAACAAAGAGAAACACUUGUGCAGAUUUCUUACCACCUCUUCUUGUUCUUAUGUGAAGAAGAAAACCAGUGAGUAUGAAUGUGUCGACCAAGAAAGGUAUGGAGAUUUGGUCCGCCAUCUCACAUCCUUCAAAGAUAGUUCUCCAACACCAGAAUCAUUAUUUGAAGAAGACAAUAUGCGCUAUGGACCAGUCUGUAAACGUAAGCACCCAGCUAAGGAGGCUGAACCACACAUUCCUAAAAACUGGAUUCCUCUCGUGAAUCCUGCAAAAAACUCUCUGCUCAAAGAAACUUCCCAAACACCACCUUUGCAAAUUGGUUUGCAAGCAAGCAAGAUGGCCAGUGUGACGACUGUUCUGCAGCAGACAAUGCCGCUGGAGCAGGCCUUUUUUCUAGAGAGGUGGAAACGGCAAAUGAUUCUGGAACUGGGAGAAGAGGGCUUUGCAGAAUACACUAAAAAUAUUUUCCAACAAGGUAAGCUCUUCCAUGCAACCCUGGAAGCGUUAUUGUUAGCUGAGGAAAACUCUGUGAAAGAGCAGGAAGAACACAGCAGCAUCUCCGGCUACUUAGCCAGUGUACAGCAUGUGCUCCAAGACGUCUCUGGAGUGAGAGCCCUUGAAAGUGCAGUUCAGCAUGAGGCCCUUCACUAUCAAGGCCUCAUGGACUGUGUUGCAGAGUACAGGGGGAUAUUAUGUGUCAUUGACUGGAAGACUUCAGGGAAACCGAAGCCGCUUCUUCGGAAUACAUUUGACAAUCCGCUGCAGAUUGCAGCAUACGUUGGAGCCGUUAACCAUGAUGCUAAUUAUGACUUCCAGGUUGGUUGCGGACUCCUUGUGGUUGCCUACAAAGAUGGCUCUCCUGCCCAUCCUCACUACAUGGACUCCGAGCUGUGUUCUCAGUACUGGAACAAGUGGCUGCUUCGCCUGGAGGAGUUCAGAGAGAAAGGGAAAGACUGUGGGGCUGUGUGAUGGUUCUGG